AAAUACCAAAUGCUCUUUUCUCAUUGGGAGCGCGUGAAGCUGAACGCGCGCCUGUUUUCAGAGGUGCCUUAAUAGUUACAAGUUAGAAUUAAGAUCGUUUUGUGAUAUUGUAGUUUAAAUAUCUGGGAGAAAAGAUUCUACAGCCUGCUCGGAUAAAUACUCCUAAUUUGCAUUUAGUUGCUUGUUGUUUGAAGGGAAUAUGGCUCCGAAAGACUACCUUGCUGAGAAGGAGAAGUGCAAGAAGUUUCUGCAAGAGUUUUACAGUGAAGAUGAUUCUGGGAAGAAGGUCUUCAAAUAUGGUGCCCAGCUGGUGGCACUGGCUCACCGCGAGCAGGUGGCCCUGCAUGUGCACCUGGACGACGUGGCGGAAGAGGACCCUGAGCUGGUGGAGAGCGUGUGUGAGAACACAAAGCGCUACGUGGGACUUUUUGCAGACUCCAUCCAGGAGUUACUGCCCGAGUACAGGGAGAAGGAGGUGGUGGCGAAGGACUCAUUGGACGUGUACAUAGAGCAUCGCCUGAUGAUGGAGCAGAGAGGCCGUGACCCCAAUGACACGCGUGACCCCCGGAAUCAGUACCCGGCAGAGCUCAUGCGGAGAUUUGAGUUGUACUUCAGGCCCCCCAGUACAGCAAAGCCAAAGGUGGUGAGGGAGGUGCGGGCGGACAGCAUUGGGAAGCUGGUGACCGUGCGCGGCAUCGUGACCCGUGCCACGGAGGUCAAACCCAUGAUGGCAGUCGCCACCUACACCUGCGACCAGUGCGGUGCCGAGACCUACCAGCCGAUACAGUCCCCCUCCUUCAUGCCCCUCAUCAUGUGUCCAAGCCAGGAGUGCGUUACCAACAAGUCUGGGGGGCGCCUCUAUCUCCAGACACGGGGGUCCAAAUUUGUCAAGUUUCAGGAGCUGAAGAUACAGGAACACAGCGACCAGGUGCCCGUGGGGAACAUCCCCCGCAGCAUGACGAUAUACGUGCGGGGCGAGAACACCCGCAUCGCCCAGCCCGGCGACCACGUGUCUGUGUCGGGCGUCUUCCUCCCCCUGCUUCGUACCGGCUUCCGACAGGCUGUGCAGGGCCUGCUGUCAGAGACGUACCUGGAAGCCCACUGCAUCACGUUGCUGAAUAAGACGGAGGACGAUGAGCUCGGGGUCAAGGAGCUAAGUGAAGAGGAAUUGCGGCAGAUCACAGAGGAGGACUUCUAUGAGAAGCUGGCAGGAUCAAUCGCCCCUGAGAUCUUUGGCCAUGAGGACGUGAAGAAGGCACUGCUCUUGCUGCUGGUCGGGGGGGUGCAGCAGGCCCCCCAGGGUAUGAAGAUCAGGGGGAACAUCAACAUAUGCUUGAUGGGUGACCCAGGUGUGGCCAAGUCCCAGCUGCUGUCCUACAUUGACCGCCUGGCCCCACGCAGCCAGUAUACGACAGGCCGUGGUUCCUCUGGAGUGGGGUUGACAGCAGCAGUGAUGCGUGACCCCCUCACUGGGGAAAUGACCCUGGAGGGUGGGGCUUUGGUAUUGGCUGACCUGGGCGUGUGCUGCAUCGAUGAGUUUGACAAGAUGGCCGAUGCUGACCGCACAGCCAUCCAUGAGGUCAUGGAGCAGCAGACCAUCUCCAUCGCCAAGGCGGGUAUAAUGACAUCCCUGAAUGCCCGUUGCUCCAUCCUGGCAGCGGCCAACCCCGCCUACGGGCGCUACAACCCACGCAAGAGCGUGGAGCAGAACAUCCAGUUGCCAGCCGCGUUGCUGUCCCGCUUUGACCUCCUGUGGCUCAUCCAGGACAGGCCCGAUGCAGACGGUGAUCUGCGGCUCGCCCAACACAUCACAUACGUGCACCAGCACUGCCGCCAGCCUCCCACGCACUUUACACCCAUCGACAUGAAACUCAUGAGGCGCUACAUCAGCCUGUGCCAGCACCGGCAGCCUGUGGUGCCAGAGUCUCUGGGCGACUACAUUACUGCCGCCUACGUGGAGAUGAGGAAGGAGGCACGGGUCAGCAAGGACACCACUUUCACCUCUGCCCGCACCCUGCUGUCCAUCCUGCGCCUCUCCACAGCCCUGGCCCGCCUGCGGCUUGUGGAUACAGUGGAGAAGGAGGAUGUGAACGAGGCCAUGCGGCUUAUGGAGAUGUCCAAGGACUCCCUUCAGGCGGACAAGUCCAAUGCUACAAGAAACCAGCGGCCUGCAGAUGUCAUCUUCUCCCUCGUGCGUGAGCUGGCAAGCGAGGCCGGGCGCGGGCGGGGCGGGGCGGGCGGGGUGGUGCGGCUGGCCGACGCCGAGCAGAGAUGCGUGUCCCGCGGCUUCACCCCCGCCCAGUUCCAGGCAGCGCUCGAUGAGUAUGAGGAGCUUAAUGUGUGGCAGGUCAAUCAGGCCCACACCAGGAUCACAUUUGUCUAAUGACCAGGGUGAGGUCCUCAUUAGAAGGAUGCGAAUAAGUGUCACCUGGGGAUUCUGGGGGAUUGUUAGUGUGUCGCUGUCCUAAUGUAUAAAAAGUUAAAAAAAAAAAAAAAAAAAAAAAAAUUUAAUAUGUGCAGUGCUGUGCCUUUUGUCCACACAUUGUGAUUUUGAUUGAGACAGUGAUGGUUCUUAAUUUAAAACUUGCACUCCCUAGCUGUUAAGCGUAAGGAAAAAUAAACCCUUAACUUGUAUUUUUUGGAGCGGAAAGUACGCAGUGGAGUUUUAGACCUGUAUAAAGGGGCAUGUAGUGGUUAGUUGGGGGGAGUCGCCGAUGGAAAAGGCAUUUGGGGAAACUCGUCUGUGUGUGAAACCGUCAUCUAUGCUGCUUCUGUAGUUUUUGCAAAUUUUAAAAAAAUAAAUGCCUAUUAAAAUUUU